GCCUGUGGCAACACUUUACAGGAAAUCAGACAACAUUCUCCAAAGGAGAUUUCUCAGUAUUGCUUAUACUGAAGAAAUAACACUGAAACCCAUUCAGCUUUGUAAAGCGUCUAGCAAUGGUGCACAGAAUUUGCUUCAUAGGAAACAGCAUCUCAGCACUUUGCUGCGUCAGAUCACACACAUCUUAAGGCUGACCUGAAGAUUUUGUAUUAAACGGGUACCAAGAAUCAUGAAUAGAGAAGUCAACAGGAAAACUAUAGUAGAACAACCAAUAGAUCUGAAAAACAGGAAACUAACUUUGCCAAUGAAUAGAUCUUGGCCAAACAUGAAGGCAGCAAGUAAACUGGAGUUAAACCACAGAGAAGGCAAGAGCAGAAAUAUUCCUGGAAAAACAUCUAAUUUUGAUAAACAUUUUGCAAAAGUGGGUGAGGAUGAAUCAGAACAUUCACACGAUGUACCUGAUGAAGAACGGUAUCCCUAUCAUACUGUAAAAACUUCCAGCUUGGAGGCAAUGCAUGCUCUGAAAAUUUUGCCUGCCAAACCUAUAAAAGAAUCUGAGUAUGCAGAUCAACGGUAUUUAGGAGAUUCAGCUCCCAUUUCUAGAAACACUAAAUCCUCUAUCAUCACCCAGCCAAAGUCCUCUGACUCCCCUCGAGACUUAGGUCAAUGCAGAUAUGUUUCAGAGGAGAGCAGAGUCCCAGAUGUUAAAGGUCCUGCUGUAAAACGAAGCAUGAAGCCAAACAUACUUUUUACUGAAAUCACAAGAGAAAAAGAAAAAGUAAUUGGAUCACAGAACCCUUUGCCCCCUCCAAGGCCUCUUAAGACACUUCCAAAGAAAUAUCAGCCACUUCCCCCAGAACCAGAGAGAAGCAGCCAGCUGUCUCACACAAGGAACAUAUUUAGUCAGGCUCACACCUUUCCAAUGUCAGCAAAGAACACCAGACACCUAUCUGUUAAGGAGUUAAAUGAAGCACUUGGAAAAGGAAGAGAUAUCAGCAGGGAAGUUGAAUUAGCUUUCCAAACAAGACAGCAAAAACCAAAAUAUCAUCCUGCAUCCAGCUCCCCUUGUAUGCUGAGUAGUAAAAGUUUUCAAGGCUCAGGAUCCAGAUUAAACAUACAAAACUGUUCAAUUGAGAGGUCACCAUCUCCAGGAAAGCACAAGCCUUCUGAAUGUAGAUCACAAGGUAUAUAUGUAAACCUGCCAACACUGCAUCUUACGAAGCCUGUUGAAAAGGAUUUAAAUAAAUAUGACUGGUAUACUGGAGAAUUUGAUCGUCAGAAGGCAGAAGAGGCUUUGUUACAGGAGAACACUGAUGAGACAUUCUUGGUCAGAGAUUGUUCAACAAAAUCAAGUGCUGAACCAUAUGUUUUGGUCAUAUAUUACGGAAACAAGGUAUACAAUAUUAAAAUACGUUUUCUGGAAGACAGCCAGCAAUAUGCAUUGGGAACAGGGCUCAGAGGAGAUGAUAAGUUUGAUUCAGUGCAAGAAAUCAUAGACUUCUACACAUGUGUUCCCAUUACACUUAUUGAUGGAAAGGAUAAGUCUGGAGUCCAGAGAGAACAAUGUUACCUAACACACCCUUUUAAGUUGAACAGAAGAUGCUUCUUACCCUAAGUGAUUUCAAAUGUUUGUACAAAUGUAAAAAUAAGAACACCUUAAUAUUUAAAAUCUGUGUUGAAAUUAGGAGAUUAGACUUGAGUUCAACAAGAA